AUGAGUGAUAAAAUUGCAAAAGCAGAGGAGAACAUUUAAGAAAAAAUAAAUAAAUUAUAUCUACCAUCUGUUUAUUCUAUCAUAAAUGAGAAAGGGGAAUCUAAUAGAAAAGCUUUAUUGAAUAGAACUAAUAGGUGUAAGUCUUAGUUUGCUAUUGAAAAAUAUAAUGCAACAUUGACUAAUUAAUCUUAGAAUAACGUUAACAUAAGCAACUAAGUUACCCAACUUAAUCAGACUAAAGAAAAUUAUUCAGUUUGUCAAUCAAGUUAAAUCAAUAAAACUUCAGAUUAAAGUGAAUUAAAUAUAAAUGAGAUUAUCAAUAUCAAUUAAUUAAUCAAUUAAAAGAAGGAAGAGAUUGCCAGAUAAAAUAAGUAUUAUCUAAAAUAGAUCAGUAAAAUUAGACGUAAAUUUAAUUUAAUUUUAGAGAAUUACGAAAUGAAAGCAAAAAUUAGAGAUUAAUUGAGUUAGCAAAGAAAAGCAACUGAUAAAUCUGCAGAGUUAUAUGAAAAGUGUUGGGAUGAAACAAUCAAAGAAAUUAAUUAAGAAAUAGAAGAGAAUCAGUUACUAGUUAAUGAUAAAAUCAAUUAAGGAAAGUAAAAAAAAAGAAUACGACCAAAGCCUUUAAAUAGUUAAGUAUAAUUAUUUGUAAACUUAGAUUUUUACAAAAAUCAGAGAAUAAGAAGAUCAGUUUUUUCGAUAACGUUCUGAAUCUAUUUUGAAGAAAUUGAAACAAAAGUCAAUUCAUCUUGUAGGUGAAGUAACUGAAUAGAUUGAAUAAGCAUAAAAAAUUUAAAAAGAAUAAUAGUAUUAGAGAUCAAAAGAAAGAGAAGAUAGUAAACAAGAGAUAAUCAAAUCAUUAAGAUUUAAAGAGUAAGAAAAAUUAGUUAAAUUACUUUAAUCAAGGCCUACAAAUAGAUAUCCUUAAUUAUCAUAAAAAUAGAGCGAAGAAUAAGAUGAUCAAUUAAGUACUUUUAAAAAAUACAAAAAGAAAAGGUCAAUAAGUUUGAAUAAUUGUUUGCCAUAAAUUGAUAAACAUUAAGAAGUAGAAAUAAAUUCAAUAAAACAAUAAGAAAGGACCUUGAUAUUUAAGAAAAUAUAAGAAUGCAGCAAUUUAUUAAAAAGCAAUAAAUUAUAAAAUAAGAACUUACUCAAAAAAACACGAAAUUUUUAGAAAUAAUAAUGA